AUGCGGGAGGUGAAACUGGAGCCCGACGUCAUCAGCUACAGCGCUGGGAUCAGCGCGUGCGAGAAGGGCGAGCAGUGGCAGCGGGCGCUGGCGCUGCUGAGCGAGAUGCGGGAGAUGAAACUGGAGCCCAACAUCAUCAGCUACAAUGCUGGGAUUAGCGCGUGCGAGAAACGCGAGCAGUGGCAGGAUGCGCUGGCGCUGCUGAGCGAGAUGCGGGAGGUGAAACUGGAGCCCGACUCAUCAGCUACAGCGCUGGGAUCAGCGCGUGCGAGAAGGGCGAGCAGUGGCAGGAUGCACUGGCGCUGCUGA